AUGAAAUUCAGCAUCAUCCCGUCGGUUUUGGCUCUGGCUUCCUGUGUGCUGGCCGCCCCAUCCACGUUGAAGCCGUUUUUGAAGCGUAACCCAACUGGUUCCUUCAAGCUCGUCGCAUACAGCCUUGAGUCUAGCGUUGUUGACAUCUUCUACUCCGAUGGCAUCGCUUAUGCUGGCGAUUCAUCGAAGUGGACCUACGGAUCUGUCACCACCGAUGUCACCUUCGUUAUCGAGGACACCGAAGUGAUUACGACUGCCACCACCUCUGGCGUGACUCUCGACUCCGACACCCUGUUCUACAUUCGUCCCAUCGCCAAUCAGGUCCUCCCUGUGGGCUUCACUGGAAAUGGCGUCACUGUGCCUGACGAUGCUGUCACCACCAACUUUAUCUUCUAUGGCACAUACUUGAUGUGGGAGUAUGAUGAUGGCUCGUUGUCAGAUUCGUUCCGGGCCAGGGAGACCAACGUGACCGGUGUCUAUGAGCUCUACUAUGAUUUCUCGAACCUGUAUCCGUCUGGAUAUAAGACUCCGGUUGUGAAGUCGUCGUCUUGA